AUGGCUUUUCUUGGCAGCAGCGUUUCCCUUAGCCGUCUACUAGCAACGCUGAUGCUCCUGAUUAUUCUAGCAGCCGAGAGGCGGGUCUGCAUCAGGAUCCCAGAACGGAUCAUUGAAACCGCAGGAGACGUACCCAACAACCAGUCCUUGAAAACAGCAGUUUUCGCUCUGGGAAGCUUUUGGAGAUCUGAAGCUGUCUUUGGGUGCUUGAAUGGGGUUGUUCAGACCACUGUCGGUUACGCUGGCGGAUCCAAAAUCAACCCUGAGUACAGAAGCUUGGGUGAUCAUGCUGAGUCUGUCCAGGUUAUAUACGAUCACAGGCUGAUUAGCUUUAGGCAACUUUUGGAGAUUUUCUGGUCAAGUCAUGAUUAUAGGCAAGUAUUUGGGCAAGGUCCUGAUGUGGGUAACCAAUACAGAUCUAUCAUUUUCACAAACGGAACUGAAGAGUCCAGAUUGGCUGCUGUGAGCAAAGAGAGAGAACAAACUAAAUCAAAGAGUAGCAGUGUAACUACUCAAAUCCUACCACUUGGAACAUUUUAUUCUGCUGAGCCUGAACAUCAGAAGUUUGAGCUGAAGCGUAGGCCAUUUCUUCUCCAAUUAAUUGGAAACUUGCCUGAAGAGGAACUUGAGAGGUCAAGAUUGGCUGCAAAACUGAAUGGCUAUGCUGCAGAGCUUUGUCCUCCAAAAAUUCAGAGGCAGAUUGAUGCAAAGAUCAAUGAAAUUAUUAAAAAAGGAUGGCCUAUUUUGAGAGACUUGUAG